CAGAAUUCUCAUUGAGGGUCAGGACCACAGGCGGAAAGACAGAGGCAACCAGGAGGUGCAUCUCUCGCUGCAAGUCGAAACGGACAGAGCUCCAGCCUCAGAAAGAAGCCUCCAGUUCAAAAAAGAUGGCAAGAGGCAGAAGGACCAGAGGACUCAUGAGCCUCACCUGGGAGGUGAAGAACCCAGCCUCAUCGUUGGCGACGCUGACACUGUUGAUCCUUGCCUUUCUCUGCAAAGGUCUGCAGAGUCAGUACCCGGGAUAUGAACUUAAAGCGCUAAAGGCUGUCACCGUGCUGAGAGGUCUCUGCGUUCACAUUCCCUGCAACUUCACUUAUCCCACUUCUGAGGAUCGGUAUCCUGAGGAAUUAUAUGUCUACUGGAUUAAGGACGGUAGUGCUGGGUCCUAUAUUCACAACACCUGGUACGAAAAUGCUGGAAGUGUUGUUGCCAGUAGUUACAAGGGUCAAAGCAUUGCCUCAUUUGCUAGGAAUCGUUUCCAGUUGACUGGAAAUCCAUCAGAAGGUGACUGUUCCUUUAGCAUCAAUGAUGUUAAGUUUGAGGAUGAAGGGCAGUACUAUUUUCGAAUUGAGAAAGGAACCUUAAAAUUCAGCUAUCGUGCUUCUUUUAUUUUACCACGUGUUUCUGUGACAGAGCUGACAGAGAAGCCAAAGUUCCUGAACUCUUCGGAGGUGGUUUUGGGGAAGAGCGUCACCCUCAUCUGCCAGGCGCCAGGGACCUGCCCAUGGAAAGAAUCAUGGAGCCAGCCUCAGAUCUCAUGGAGUAAUUGGCCAACAACUGCACAGAACCAUCAGCACAGCAAUGGGAGCUGGACCUUUGCUUCUGGCUUCACCUUCACACCUACUUUGCAGGAUCAAGGCAGAGGCCUCACUUGCAGUGUCUAUUACCCUGCAGUUGGGAGAACAAUUGUGAAUACACUCUCUCUUGAAGUGGUCUACCCACCUGAGGUCAUCGGAAUCACAAGGCCUGGACACCCUGAUUUCUCUGCACAGAAAGAAAAGCUGGUGGUCCGAGAAGGUGACACCGUCAACUUGCUUUGUGAAGCUCAGGGCAAACCUUUCCCCUCCAUAACAUGGAUGAAGAACAACAAGCCCCUAAACAACCAUAUGCAGGGCAGUAAAGAAACUCUUCAACUGUCCAACAUUAAAUCAGAGGAUGCUGGGAUGUAUCAGUGUCAGGCAGAGAAUCUACAUGGCUCAAUCAGGAAGAAUCUCUCAGUGAUUGUGCAAUAUCGCCCAAGGACAAUGACGUUCACUGUCACCCAUGCACACAAGAGGGACCCAGCACUAGCUCGAGGUUGCCCCAGGGAAGUAGCCAGUGGCUCCCAGUUGACGGUUCAGGAAGGCAACUUAUUGCGGCUGCUCUGCAAGGCCGAUAGCAACCCUGCAGCCACUACGAGCUGGUUCAAGGAAGGCAGGGCCUUGGAGAAGCUGCCAGAUGACUGGUUGGAGCUGGUCAAUGUGAAAGCAGAGGAUCAGGGUGACUACAGGUGCCAGGCUCAGAACGCCAUAGCUUCUGCUGAGGGAUUCCUCCACCUCCUUGUGGAAUAUGCCCCCAAGCUCAGCAAAACUCCCCAGAAAAACACUACCUGUUGGCGUAAGGACAAUGGCAUCCUCUGCAACUGUUCCCUGCACUCCAAGCCUCCACCUCGGAUCCAUUGGCAAGUGGGCGGGAUGACUGUAGCUGAGAACACCAGCACGGCAGACCUGAAAGUCUCUUCCUCAGUCCAGAAGAAUGAGGUCACCAGCUCCCUAAUUUGGACAGGUAGCCCGGAUGGCGACCUCAGCAUCAUCUGUCUUGGGAACAAUUCUCUGGGAGUCUACACCAUGCAAUUCCUCCUUGGUUCCUUGAAAACAGGUACAGGAAGCCAUUCGGCACUGCUCCUCUCUGGGCUGUGUGGGGCUUUGCUGGCAGCGGUUGUCUUCCUGCUCUGCCUGGGCCUGAUCAAGUUUUAUAAGAAGAGGAAAGCAACUCCGAAAGCAGCCAUCCCAGAGGCUAUGGAUUCUGCUAAUUAUGUAAACUCUGCCAAUGGAGGGCAGCAGAGAGCCAACAACUUCAGCCUGAUCUAUAGCAACAUUUUACCUCAGGGUCAAAGAUCACCCCAUGUUGGCCCGCCUAAAGCAGCUGGAGAGAGGACCCCGAAACCCAGGCAGAUCGCCAGACCUCCCAGUCCGAGCGCCGAGGAACCAGAUGAGGUUCACUAUACAACCGUGGCGUUCAAAAGCAAGGGACCUCCACCUCAAGUGGAGGAGUCUGUGGAAUAUUCAGAAAUCAGACGGAAAUAAAAACAA